AUGGCAUCACCGGAAGCUGUCCCAGCGGCCGCCGCCCCCAAGAACGGCAACGACUCCCCGGCCAAGCGGAGUAUCGAGAGGAAGCCGGUUGCAGCAGGGCAGCCGACAUCCCCGCCCCGGGCGACGAAACCGGAGUCGUCAGCACCCGCUCCAGAUACAGCAGCAAAGUUGGAGGCCGCAGCGAUCACAGGCGAUGACGGCGUCAACCCCCUCGACUUUGAGGGCUCGGUCGAAACCAACCACGACCUCCCCACUCUGGAAACCAUCCGCAAAAUCGACAACUACACGGUGCUGGACCGCGAUGGCAAAUCGCACACCUUUCGGAGUUUAACUGCCAACAAUACCUACGCACGCUCUCCGAAUCCAUCACCCCGCCUUCCCUCCUCGCCCUCCCCCACUCCACCUUCAUCUGCGUCAUCGGGUGCGGCGACCCGGCCCUCAUCAACAUGUACGCCGACGCCUCCGCCUGCCCCUUCCCUCAUCUACGCGGACCCCACGCGGCGCCUGUACGCCGAGCUGGGCAUGGUGCGCACGCUGGCGCUGGGCGCCCGCCCCGCGUAUAUGAAGACGCAUCUGCUCAAGAGCAGUGCGCUCAGUGUGGUGCAGGGGCUGAAGCAGAUUGGGAAGGGGCUGGCGUUGAAGGGGGGGGAUGGGAAGCAGGUGGGCGGGGAGUUUUUGUUUGAGCCUGUGGAGGUGGAGGGUGGGGGAGGGGGGGAAGAAGAGGAUGGUGGUGGCGUCGACGCCGGGUGGGGGUCGAGCCGCCGAAGGCGUGGGCCGAGGAUGGUGGUGAGGGGGAGGGGAAGGGGGGGCGGUCGGAGACGAGUUUGGACGGGAAGGGGGAGCCGGAUGCGGAAGGGGAGGAUAAGGUUGUUACGUGGUGCCAUCUUCUGUAGUGAGCGAUGGUUGCGUCGCGGCGGCCACGGUCGUACAGGCACUCCCGACCUCUACGGCAUGGGCAUCCGCGUUUCAUUCUACCUCCUGUGGUUUUUUGUUCUCAUCGGAGAGCGGUGCCACGAACAUCACGCCCAAGUCCCCCGGGUUGUCGAGUUGGUCCUCGCCUAUGCCGUCUUUCUCGGCUUGGCCAUGGCGGCCUCGGGUGGGUAUCUCUUUGCCGCCGAAGUGUAUAUCGCCCUGCUUCUAAUCUCGACCACGGUGUAUCUCCUCGUUCCCCGCCACACCACGGACCUAGUCGCGUGGAUCCGCCCAGAUCUUGGGCUCGGCACCCAACGUGGCAGAUUCGGCUUUAUUGCAGCUGCUCGCUGUCUCUUCGUUCUCGCGGUCAUCAGCUUGCACAUGUGGUUCUGGGGAACUGGUGUUGGUUCUGAAUCCAUCGACCGAAAUCUGAGAGACCAGGGCGGGUGUUGUCCGUGUGAACUCCCGCAACAGGUCGGUUUUGCUUUUGGGCCGGUGGAGAUGCAUAGCGGCGGGUUUCGGGCCAUGAACGUUCUUUUGAUGUUAGCGCUGCUCGCUGGGGGGGUGGUUAUUGGCGCGAUGAAGGCGGGACUGAUCAGGAGAAAGAAGUCGAGGCGGCAAAGGAGAGCUAACGAAAGCUACAUCGGCAGUGGUGGUGUUGGCAGUGGCAGCAAUGGCGGCAGCAGCAGCUCGGGCGCAGUCUCUUGUAACCCAUCUUCGUCUUCUGGUGGCUGGAGUGGCGUUGUAAGAUACUCGAGACCAUGGGCUCCUCCUUCUUCACGUCCAUUUUAUCCACCUCCUGUGCAGGCUUUUACUCCUGUCUCGGCCCCCUAUCCUCCCCCUCCUACGGCGAAGUCUGGCACAUCCAGUUCAAAUCAAGGCUCUGCUGUUUCUCAGAACUCCGACUCUGGUUCACAUCCCCCAGAUCCUCUUGACAACCUUACAUGCAAGCCUCCUCCUCGCACUCCGCCAGAACCACCCCAGCCUCCUGCAGCAGUGGUGGCAGAACCCGAGGCUACAGAGGCUAGUUUACCUCCAAAGCCUAGGAUUAUUGAUAAUGGUGUGGUGACUUGCAAGAGAUCCACCACGCUCCACAAGAGCGCCACGCUGCGACUAGCCCAGACGCACGCCGACCUCACGCGCCAGCUGACGCGGUCGCUCACGGAUGGGGGCGCCGACGCGGCCUUCCUCGACGAGACAGAGACGCGCAUCAAGAAGCUGGCGCAGCCGCUCGCCAAGUUCCGCAUCCGCUCGCAGCAGCGCGGUGCUGAUGGGGUGCUGCGCAGCGAGGAAGAUGCUGUGGGUGAGCUGAUCGCCCGCGCGGAGGCGCAGGUGAGUGUGUUUGAGACCGAGGUGGCCGGGUUGUGGGCGGAGUGGACGGCUGCGGAGGGUGAGGUGAAGGAGUUGUUGAAGGGGGUUGUGUCGUUUGCUGGUGUUUCUGGGGGAGGGAAAGGGGAAGGUGGGGGGGGGAUUGGCGGAGCGGAUGGGGGCGAUGAAGGGGAGGUGAUGGUGAAGCGGUUUAGGGAGGCAAUUGAGCGGGAGAUUGCAGAGGCUGAGGAGGAGGUGGCUGAAAUUGGGGAGGAGGCAGUAGGGGUGAUGAAAGAUAUUGAGAAGUCCAUUGACGAGCCGUGA